CAAAUCCACAGCAAAACUUCAAUGUUAAUAUUUUACCAUCAAAGUGAGUUUUUUUAGGGGGAAAGUAGGCAGUGACUCGACAUGCUAUAUAAGUUCGCAUUACAGUGAUAUUUUUCAGAGUUUAGAGUUGGAGAUUGCAAGUAUAUGAAUUAUUUACAUCAGGAGUGAACACAGGCUACAAAAGCACAAUUUAUUCGAGCCAGAAAGAAGAAUUUCUUGAAAAGAAAACCGUUUCUGAUCGUCUUUCUCCAGCUGCUGGUUCUGUUCUAUUUGACCAUGUGGCUUCAUGAUUUUUUACCAGGUUCUGACCUCAAGGUUGUUCUCCUGUUCAUUUUUUUGUUACUAUUUAUUGCUGACUUCAUCAAAAACAGGAAUCCUCCAAAUUAUCCUCCAGGACCGCUGGGUCUCCCCUUCGCAGGAAAUUUCUUCAGCGUGAACAGGAAGCAUCCGCAUCUUUAUUAUUAUAAGCUGGUAGAUAUCUAUGGGAGUGUGUUCAGUGUCCGCCUUGGAGUUGAAAGGAUCGUGGUUGUGUCUGGGUUCAAAAUGCUGAAGGAAGCCAUAGUGACACAAGCUGAGAACUUCGUGGAUCGACCACACAAUUCUAUUAAUGAGAGAUAUUACAGAGGAACCUCAGGUGGUUUGUUCAUGAGCAAUGGUGAACAAUGGAGAAUACAGCGACGUUUUGCUCUGCAUACCUUACGUACCUUUGGCAUGGGCAAAAACAGCCUGGAGCAGUGUAUCUGUGAGGAAGCGCAACACCUUCAAGAUCACAUAAAGAAAAAAAAAGGACAAGCUUUCGACCCUGCAAGCAUCUUCUACAAGGUUGUGUCCAACAUCCUUUGCCAUCUUGUAAUGGGGAAAAGGUUUGACUACAAUGAUCACAACUUCCUGGUUCUCCUGAAGCAUGUGAGGGAAAUGUUGCAACUGCAAGGUUCUGUAUGGGGUCAAUUUUAUGAGGCAUUUCCAGGAGUGAUGAAGUAUUUGCCCGGAAAACACAACAAAAUGUUCAACAACUUCAAAUGCUUAGUACGUUGUAUGCAUCAUGAAAUACAGAGUCACAAACAGAACCUGGACCCCAACCAUCCUCGGGACUACAUUGAUGCUUUCCUCAUUGAAAUGCAGAAAAACAAAGACCAGUCUGAAUCUGUCUACAAUGAGGAGAACCUGGCUGUAUGUGCUGGAGAUAUGUUUAUUGCUGGUACAGAGGGAACCACCUCUACUUUGCUGUGGGCUUUGGUUUACCUCAUCAACUACCCCAAUAUUCAGGAGAAAGUCCAGGAAGAGAUAGACAGAGUGAUCGGACAGACGCGUUCCCCAACUGUGGCUGACAGACCCAACCUGCCAUAUACUGACGCUGUGAUCCAUGAGGUCCAGAGGAUGGGAAAUAUUCUUCCUCUCAACGGAAUCAGAAAGGCUACCAAGGACACAACACUGGGAGGUUACUUUAUACCCAAGGGGACUACCGUGAUGCCCACCUUGACCUCUGUAAUGUUUGACAAGACUCAAUGGGAGACUCCUCACACCUUCAACCCUGGACACUUUCUCAGUGUUGAUGGAAAAUUUGUGAAGAGGGAGGCCUGUCUUCCUUUUUCUGCAGGGAAACGCGUGUGUCUUGGAGAAAGCCUUUCCAGGAUGGAGAUCUUCCUGUUUCUGGUCGGAUUAUUACAGAAGUUCUCAUUCUCUACUCCUGACGAAGUAGAACUGAGUACAGAAGGAAUUACAGGACUAACACGUGUGCCCCACCCUUUUAAGGUUUACGCCAAAGCUCGCUGAAGUAUAUGCAAAAUGAUAUA